CGCUAUCGAUACAUCCCACGGCCACGCUCCCAAGUUGCUUCUACGUAGAGGUACCCGCACAGGUACCUGAGGGGGGGGAAUGUGCACCUGGUGGCCCUGUGUAAGCUCCCUGUAAGCUCCCUUGCUGCUUGCCGCUGGCUUGCUCCAGCUGUUUCUUUCCGCCCGCUCCGCUGACUCUGGAUUUCUGGGAUUUCUGGCCGCCUCGACCUCUCCUGCCAGUCUGGGGAGUCCCCUUAUUCCACCUCUUCUCUGCAACCACCAGGACUAUUUCCAACCACCUCAUCUCUCAUUUCCACUUACGAUUCCUAUCUUCCCUCUACUCCUGCUCUCUCUGUAUCCCAAUUUCUAGCCCGUCUCGCGAGACACAAUGGACCACUCAUUAGGUUCCGUGGAGCUGAAGGACAGCACGGUCAUCGUCGUCCUCGGCGCCUCCGGCGACCUUGCGAAGAAGAAGACCUUUCCUGCGCUCUUCGGUCUUUACCGCAACCAAUUCCUUCCCAAGGACAUCAAAAUCGUCGGAUAUGCACGGACAAAGAUGGACCAUGAGGAGUACCUAAAGCGAGUCAAGUCGUACAUCAAGACGCCUACAAAGGAUAUGGAGACACAACUGGCAGACUUCUGCAAGCUGUGCACUUACGUGUCAGGACAAUACGACCAGGACGAGUCCUUCCACCAGCUCACCAAACAUCUCGAGGAACUCGAAAAGGGCCAGACAGAGACUCACCGUUUGUUUUACAUGGCUCUUCCUCCUAGCGUCUUCACAUCUGUCUCCCAACACCUCAAGCGAUGCUGCUACCCCAAAAACGGCAUCGUUCGUGUGAUCAUUGAGAAGCCCUUUGGGAAAGAUCUAGCCAGCUCUCGCGAAUUACACAAGGCCCUUGCGCCCGACUGGAAAGAAGACGAGCUUUACCGUAUCGACCACUAUCUUGGAAAGGAGAUGGUCAAGAACAUCCUUGUUCUUCGCUUUGGUAACGAGUUCUUUGGUGCUACUUGGAACCGACACCACAUCGACAAUGUCCAGAUCACCUUCAAGGAACCUUUCGGCACGGAAGGGCGAGGUGGUUAUUUUGAUGAGUUCGGUAUUAUCCGUGAUGUGAUGCAAAACCAUUUGCUCCAGGUUCUGACGCUGCUUGCCAUGGAACGCCCUAUUUCCUUCUCGUCAGAGGACAUUCGUGAUGAGAAGGUUCGAGUGCUUCGCGGUAUCCCUGCAAUUGAACCCAAGAACGUCAUAAUUGGCCAAUACGGCAAGUCUCUGGACGGCAGCAAGCCUUCAUAUAAAGAGGACGACACCGUUCCCAAGGACUCGCGCUGCCCAACAUUUUGCGCUCUCGUUGCUUAUAUCAAGAACGAAAGGUGGGAUGGCGUGCCCUUCAUCAUGAAGGCUGGCAAGGCGCUCAACGAGCAGAAGACGGAGAUUCGAAUUCAAUUCAAGGACGUUACGAGCGGUAUCUUCAAAGACAUUCCCCGAAACGAGCUUGUAAUGCGUAUCCAGCCCAACGAAAGUGUUUACAUCAAGAUGAACUCCAAAUUGCCAGGUCUAAGUAUGCAGACGGUCGUCACAGAACUUGAUCUCACAUACCGCCGCCGGUUCUCGGAUUUGAAGAUCCCCGAGGCUUACGAGUCACUCAUCCUUGAUGCUUUGAAGGGUGACCACUCCAACUUCGUCCGAGAUGAUGAGCUGGAUGCUAGCUGGAGAAUAUUUACACCGCUGCUGCACUACCUCGACGACAACAAGGAGAUUGUCCCCAUGGAGUACCCCUAUGGGUCUCGUGGACCGGCUGUGCUAGAUGACUUCACGUCAUCAUAUGGGUACAAGUUUAGCGAUGCGGCGGGUUACCAAUGGCCCACGACCUCGGCGGCGCCGCCCAACAAGUUGUAAGUCGAUACAGCGUCGGUUCUGCAAACGAAUUUAAAAGUUCAUCGUCACGUCGAGUAUAAAUAUGGGAUCUGGUCGGCAAUCUAGCGUAAGGCAAAACAAAGAUACCCGACUCGAGCACGUCGCAAUUCAGCAAGAGCGGUUAGAAGGGCCGGUUCAAGGGUUAUAGUUAUGUUGGCGCUCUGUGAUGAUUGCAAUGCUCUGCUACUCAAGGAUAGAAAAAGGAAUUAGGUCUUGUGAAUAAAUAUCUACAAAAUAUUUGAUUUAUGGUAACACUGGCGGCAGCGGUUGCUAUGUGGAAGGAGGAGAAAUGGGAGAUGGGUUGGGACGGCUGGGAGAUCCUUUCAGUUGG